UGGCAUUGUGUGACUUAUACUCCAGUGCGACUUAUGUAUGUUUUUUUCUCCCUAAUUAAGCAUUUUUGGCCUUGUGCGACUUAUACUCCAGUGCGACUUAUGUAUGUUUUUUUCUACGUAAUUAUGCAUUUUUGGCAUUGUGCGACUUAUGUUUGUUUUUUUCUACUUAAUUAUGCAUUUUUGGCAUUGUGCGACUUAUACUCCAAAGCGACUUGUAGUCCAGAAAAUACGGUAAGUACAAAAUAUUUGGACAACCACUAAAAAUUCUGAUUUGACUUGUAAUUAUGUUUUCUAUAAGGACUGGGACAGGUAAUAAAAACGAUAAUUAUUGUGUCCAAAAAGUUUUGAAAUGCUUUCAAAUCCUAAAUGUUCUGAGCCUCUGAACAUCUUGAUUGUUGUAUCUCCAAGUCAAAUUUCAAAGUUCUAACAUCUCCAUUGUCCAAAUCAUUGUAGCCUUAACAGUAUAAAUCCUCCUCUGCGGACAUCUCCGUGCGUUCAUCUCAGUAUGCACACGCUCACAUACUGUAGGAGCUGCACACGUAGCGAAGAACAACAAGCUUGACGUUCAUGUUGGGAGGCAUGCGUGUGGUAUUGAUCCAGGUUAACCCCGUCGGGACCUGCGACAGGCAGAAAGACAGACAGAUAGACAGUUAGACAGGCACUCAAGGCAAGUCGGGCUCGGGCUCAGCCCCCCCCCCCCCCAGCUCCGGUAUAAUACCUCAUGGUGGGCAGAUUAAAGGAUGAGACCUGAGGAACAAUCUGCACGCGUAGACAUAUAAAGCAGCUCCAGCAAUGAGUUGCGGCUGGCAGCGGUGAGAGACAUGCAUCCGCCCGUCCAGCGUCCUGCAGGACUGAGGAGUGUGAGUGACGCGUUGCAUGUGCAUGUUGGGAGUCGGAAGAUUCAGAUCCGGAACAUUCCCCCUCAUCUACAGUGGGAGGACUUUGAUGGCCUGCUUGCUCAAUAUGGUACUGUAGAAAACGUGGAACAAGUCAACACUGACACAGAAACGGCAGUGGUGAAUGUUACGUACGCAACCAAGGAGGAAGCUAAAGAAGCUAUUGAGAAGCUGACAGGCCAGCAGUGUGACGACUACUCUUUCAAGGUGUCCUACAUCAUGGACUCAGACGCCGCUCCGCCCGUUCAGGCUCCUCGAGGUCGACGCGGUGGUGGUGGUGGUAGAUUGUCACGGGACCAAGAACCGUCUCAGCCCGGGCCUUCUGGAGGCUUCAGCGUCCCGCGGCCUCGCCAGCAACACGACUUCCCCCUGCGCAUGCUCGUGCCCACGCAGUUCGUGGGCGCCAUCAUCGGCAAGGAAGGACUCACCAUUAAGAACGUCACCAAGCAGACGCAGUCAAAAGUUGACAUCCACCGAAAGGAAAACGCAGGGGCGGCAGAGAAGCCAAUCACCAUCCACUCCUCUCCCGAAGGCUGCUCGUCGGCCUGUCGCAUGAUCCUGGACAUCAUGCAGAAGGAAGCCAACGAGACCAAGACGACGGAGGACAUCCCUCUGAAAAUCCUGGCCCACAACAGCCUGGUGGGCCGCCUCAUUGGGAAAGAGGGCCGUAACCUGAAGAAGAUCGAAGAGGAGACAGGGACCAAGAUAACCAUCUCCUCGUUACAAGACUUAACCAUUUACAACCCAGAAAGGACCAUCACGGUGAAGGGGAGCUUGGAGACGUGUUGUAAAGCGGAGGCGGAGAUCAUGAAGAAACUGAGGGAGGCCUACGAGAACGACAUUGCUGCUAUAAAUCAACAGGCGAACCUUAUCCCAGGCUUGAACCUCAACGCCCUGGGCAUCUUCUCCUCUGGUCUGCCAGUGCUGCCCCCUGCUGCUGGACCUCGCGGGGCUGUCUCUCCUGUGGCGCCAGCAGGAUACAACCCAUUUUUAAGUCACUCUUCACAUCUCAGUGGCCUGUACGGGGUUCCUCCAGCAAGUGCCAUCCCCCACCAGCACUCAGCUCCAGAACAGGAGGUUGUCUACCUCUUUAUUCCAACUCAGGCAGUGGGAGCUCUUAUAGGGAAGAAAGGCCAGCACAUUAAACAGCUCGCCCACUUCGCUGGAGCCUCCAUCAAGAUCGCUCCGGCCGAAAGCCCAGAUGUCACUGAGAGGAUGGUGAUCAUUACUGGAACCCCAGAGGCUCAGUUUAAGGCCCAAGGUCGGAUAUUUGGCAAGCUGAAAGAGGAGAACUUCUUCUCCGGAAAGGAGGAAGUCAAACUAGAGACACACAUCAAGGUCCCUUCAACUGCGGCCGGCAGGGUCAUCGGCAAAGGAGGGAAGACUGUGAAUGAGCUUCAGAACCUUACGAGCGCUGAGGUCAUCGUACCGCGGGACCAAACUCCAGACGAGAAUGAUGAGGUGUUUGUGAAGAUCAGCGGGCAUUUCUUCGCCAGUCAGACUGCACAGAGGAAGAUCCGGGAGAUCAUUCAGCAGGUCAAACAGCAGGAACAGAAGCACCAGCGAGGCGCCGCCGGCUCACCGCCACAAUCCAAGUGACCAGCAGGAAGCGGCUCCAGCGGGCGCCCAACCCAAUGAAUGUAGCCCUCCCAAACGGACAGAGACCUCUACCCAGACUUAAGGCCACGGCCCGAGAGGGACACGCGGGGCAGACCAGCAGCGCCGGGAUCAAAAACCAAAGAAGUUCACCAAGGAGGGGAAUGGAGUGAGAGCCAAAGGCUGUGAGCAUUGUGUGCACUGCCAGCCCUGCCACGGCACACAGAGCAGGAUACUGAUACUGCAAGAGGAACGAAAGCAAAGAGAAGUGUUGUCUUCACAAGGUAAAACAAGAACGAGCACGUCACCCCUGCGUUACAUUCUCUUUAGUUGGAUUCAUUUACUGUAGACCUAACAUGAAUGAUACUGUAUUAACACCAGAGUUUAUGAGACAUGCGUAGAACAAGAGCAAGAUGAACUAUCCUUAGCAGUAUUAAUACAGGGUAGAAGAGAAUAUUGACAUUUACAGAGCAGUUCCCCUAUUUUGGAAAAUGGAAAAAGUACAAGCCCUAUCUGGAAACAUGAUGAAUGCUUUUUGUAACAAGCUUGUGUGCACGAGUGGAAGUGUGUGUGUGUGUGUGUGUGUGUGUGUGUGUGUGUGUGUGUGUGAGAGCCAAUGUCCCUAUGAAAUUAUUCUCACCAUUUUUUUUUAUUUCUAUCACGCUCUCUCAUCAAUUGUGUUUUCAUUCAUUCAUUCAUUCAUUCAUUUUCUACCGCUUUUUCCUCACGAGGGUUGCGGGGGUGCUGGAGCCUAUCCCAGCUGUCUUCGGGCGAGAGGCGGGGUACACCCUGGACUGGUCGCCAGCCAAUCACAGGGCACAUAUAGACAAACAACCAUUCACACUCACAUUCAUACCUAUGGACAAUUUGGAGUCGCUAAUUAACCUAGCAUGUUUUUGGAAUGUGGGAGGAAACCGGAGUACCCGGAGAAAACCCACGCAUGCAAACUCCACACAGAGAUGCCCGAGGGUGGAAUUGAACCCUGGUCUCCUAGCUGUGAGGUCUGCGCGCUAACCACUAGACCGCCGUGCCGCCCCAAUUGUGUUUUUAAAAGGAUAAAAAUAUUCCAAGGCAUGAAAUUCCAACCUCUCCAAUUCUCUCCCUCCCUCCUGCUAUCUUUAUGAUCCAGUGUGCAAUGGAUGCCAUCUAAAAAUAUCAUCUAUCUUUAAAUGAUUAACACAGAAAUGAAUACUUUGGACCUGCCGGUCUAUAGACUUUUUUUUCAAUGUGAGGCCAGAACACUUCCGCUGUCAAUCUUCACUAUGUGUGUUGUAAUGUACAUACAGUAUGUAUUUGCUAAUGGAAUCAGAUGCAAAUAUUAGGACAACGUUAGGUAAAAUGCCGGUCUUCAUGUAAUACAUUGUGGUGGUCAAUGGUGACUCACUCCCACCCGUGCCACUGCAAAUAGGUUUUGUUGAUGGCGGCCAUGUUUUCCAACCCAUCUUUUACAGGCAUGUACUUCACAAUCGGGGGCCAGCCAAUCACAGGGCACAUAUAGACAAACAACCAUUCACACUCACAUUCAUACCUAUGGACAAUUUGGAGUCGCCAAUUAACCUAGCAUGUUUUUGGAAUGUGGGAUGAAACCGGAGUACCCGGAGAAAACCCACGCAUGCACUGGGAGAACAUGCAAACUCCACACAGAGAUGACCGAGGGUGGAAUUGAACUCGUCUCUCCUAGCUGUGUGGCCUGCGCGCUAACCACUCAUCCCAAAUUCAUUGCAUCGUCGGACUGCGGCUAGCAACUAGCGGCAUCUUUAUGUCAAAUUUUCAUAACAUUCUGUUAUAUCAUAAUUACAGCUGCAAUGAUGACUAGAUUAAUCAAUGCUUGGUCGAUGACCCAAUUAAUCAACAACUAUUGCUCCAACUCCUAGCUGUAUGGCCUGCGUGCUAACCACUCGAACACCAUGCAGCCUUAACUCCUAAACUCCUAAUGGAGUUUAACAAUAACAGCGCUACCCUGUGGUUUAUUUGCAUGAAAAAUAAUAGUCCAAUACAAGCAACGCACUGGGCAUGUGUGUUGUGACAAAUAUCUCUUAUUUGUAUUCGGCGGUUCAAGAGUCUAAAUACAAAUACACAUGGUCUUCGGGUUAAGUGCGAGUUCUAUAUCUUCCUAGACGGUGAUGUUAGUUGAGUUUUGGUGUAAAGAGAAAAAAAAAUUAACUUCUGAGUCCCUCACACUGAAUACAGUACAAUAAAACUUUGCCUGAUAGAAGAAUUAAAGCAAUAGCAACCUUUCUAUCGCAAUAAUAAGACCAUGUUGCUUCGUUAUUCCAGUCGCUUUCAUAGCAGCAGAUCCUUGAACAUACUCAAGGAUACCGUAUCGAAUCAUUUACAUCCCUACUUAUCGAUAAAAACAUAUUUUUACCUGCGAUUAAAUUUGAUUAAUUAUGAGUUAACUAUGAACAAAAUGUGAUUAAUCCCAACUAAAUAUUUGAAUUGAUUGACAGCCCAAGUUGUAAUAUGUUACAUCAUGAAUUAGUGAUAUAGUUGUAUUCCAUUAGCAAAUACAUGUAGCAGAAUUGACGCUAACUGAAGGAGGUGCUUUGAUGGUCUAUUUGAACGUGUGCACCCUCGCCUUAAGGGGAUGCGUCAUGGUGGUCGGCCGGGGGGGGGGGUUUAAGUGCGCAUUGACGCAAACGUGAAGGUGGGUUGUGGCACUUGAACGACCUGCCGUGUACACUCACUGUGAGCGGGUUUGGCUUGAAACUUCUCUCUUGGCCCCGCGGGGGGGGCUUUCUAAAAGGGUGUGACAGCUGUGAAUGUACCAUAACACAGCCUUUUUAGAAUGGAAUAAAUACAAUCAGCCCUCGCCUUGUCCAGCACAGGCCAGACACGGAGAUGGUUACGCUUGAAUUUGAUUUUCUUUGCUGUUGUUGUUUUUUUUUUUUUUUUUUUUACUGAGCUGAAUGACUGACUGCUGUGCAAGUAUGCUGGGCAUGCGGGUCCCUAAUGGAGACCUUGGAAGCUUUUUGCCUUAUUUUGUCAUCUUUCACUCUUCAUUGCAAAGCUUAUUGCCACACCUUCCUCCAUGUGUGUGUAUGUAUGCGUGUGUGCAUGAGUGUGUGUGUGUAUAUAUACAUAUAUAUAUAUAUAUAUAAAUAUAUAUAUAAAAAAAGAGAGAGUAAUAUUUAUGAAUCUAUUUUUUCCUAUUUUGUGAUGAGAACUAUUGAUAUGAAACAAAAGAAACAAAAGUCCUCUUCUUUUUUUUUUUUUGCCCUCAGUGGGACACUGCCAUAUUAUUUUGAAGGGAAGUGUUUAUUUUCUUGAAAAUGAAUAUAAAUGAAAACCUGAAAAAAAAAAAACGUGGAGAAGAGUAAAGCGAACCACCGCAGGAUGUAAACAGAGCGCGUGUCAGUAUUGUGAUCUACCUCAGGCUUCAGGGUACCUCAGUCCAAUCUUUCAUUUCCCCUUCUCCCCCCCACCCCUUUUUUUCCCCCACAUUUUGUAUGCCUUGUUAACUGAUCAUUUUGAUCAUUUUGAAUUUCUUUUUUAAAUGAAAAGAAGAACAGGAGGGGCCAUGUCAACUAGUUCCUCCAGCUUAGUUUAACGUUGUAGUUUUUGCCGUGCAACCUCUUACUGACACUCGCAAAAAAAAAAAAAAUUGUGCAAGCACGAGAAUGGAUCAUGAAAGAAACAGGGGUACGCGCUUGUCCAAAGUGGCUUGGGAUGGCGAUGCUGUGUACUGAAUACACCAGGGUGUCCAAAGUGGAUUUGCACUCAGGAUAUUGAAAAAAAAAUAAUUAAUAAACUCAAUUCAUUACAUUGGUCUACACAUUUUUGGAACUCGAUCUGCUUCCGAGAUAAAAGUGGCUAAAUCUAAUAUAUGAUUGAAUAUCUGAUGAAGAACAGGCUAAAGCAUCAUUUAAAACAAGUAAGUAUCUGAAGGACGCUUCAGAUACUUCAGGAUUCCACUUUCCUUCUCCAUAGCUGAGGAUAAGCGUCCUGGUGGAAUCCUACCCCGUGCUCAUCACUUCUUCAAAAAGUGUAUUUUCAGUGACAUAUUGCAGCCAAGGGCUUUGUAGGUUUGCCACCAGCUGCUUAUAAUUAUCUGCCUUGUAGUUUCCAAGAAACUCUGAUUUGUGCUACCGUUCAUGAAAUUUAUUUUUUGUUCAUUCAUUCAUUCAUUUUCUACCGCUUAUCCUCACGAGGGUGGCAUGGGGUGUGCUGGAGCCUAUCCCAGCUGUCUUCGGGCGAGCGAGAGGCGGGGUACACCCUGGACUGGUCACCAGCCAAUCACAGGGCACAUAUAGACAAACAACCAUUCACACUCACAUUCAUAACUAUGGACAAUUUGGAGUCGCUAAUUAACCUAGCAUGUUUUUGGAACGGGGAGAACAUGCAAACUCCACACAGAGAUGGCCGAGGUAGGAAUUGAACUCGGGUCUCCUAGCUGUGAGGAUAUCAACUAUAGUAUAAAUAAAAUUGAAUCUGUGAGGAAAAAGUGCAAAAACCUCCAAAUAUAUGUACUUUUUUUGAAAAUGCCCUUAAUUCAUCGCACUGACACCUGUGCCAACUUCUGUGGGAAGGCUAUACAACACAAUACAACAACAAUUAAACGACUUCUAAGAAAGCUAUUGGAAGUUUCAAGGCAGUGUUAUUGCCGUAAUCAAUUUUGUUGUUUGUUUUGUUGAUAGCCGAGGGUGGGAUUGAACUCGAGUUUCCUAGAUGUGAGGUCCGCAAACCACUCACUCAUCCGCCGUGCAGCCCUCCAAAUUAGAUAUUUCUGCAAAACAAAACAUUUUAUGUCAAACCUCUAGCCAUAAUAAAAUGAAUAUUUUGGAAUGUGCAGUUCAGAUAGAAGUGGUUGCUUUUAGACACACUGUAGCUUUAUUUUACAUAAAUGUCCUAUUUUGACCCAAAACUGUGUCUUAUUUUGAAAUUAUAGCCAAUCUGCAAUUCUUACUUUUUCUUUAUUAGUGACUUAAACCAAGACUAAUUUCACUACUUUUGUUCCGGAAGCAUUUUGCUUGUAGAUCAUUGUUAAUGUGAUAUAGUCAGAUAUGACACUAAUUUGCUUUGCCGGCUAUAUUACAAAUUUAAGAUGUGGGUGUUUUUUUACUCAGCCUAGCUGACCUACAUUGGAUUGGAUUGUACAAAAUGCGGCCCCCGGUGGAAAAAAGUUUGGUCAUCCCUGGAUUACGCCAUCUAAAAAAAAUGAAGGAGGGGGGAAAAAUGCAAAACUAAUAGAAAGUAAACAACUGUACCUCCUAGAAGUAAAAUAAAAGGUUUGUAAAUUUGUGUUUUGUUAGAUGAUUUGUUGUAACAAUGCUUCUUUGAUAGAAAUAUUAUACAAUUGGAAAGCCCGAUGUGCCAGUUAUAUGGAACAUGAAUUUAUGGGAUGUUUUGUUACGGCGUCCUUAUCUUGUUAACACAAUGUCAAUUGGAUUCUCAAAAAUGUAAACACAAAACAUGUUUUUAUAGUUACACAUACAUUGGUGUGAAAAAGUGUUUGCCCCUCUUUGAUGAUUCUAUAUAAAUGUAUUUCUAAAUAUAACUUAUAAUUUUUAAGGGCAAAAAAAAUUAAUAUCCAAACUUACAUGGCCAUGUGUGGAAAAGAUAAUAAUCAUUUUGGAAAAAGGUUAUAAAUCUAUUUCAAACCAGAAAUGGCAGAAACAUAGGACAGUGGUAUACCUUCCCGGGAGUGGCCGACCAAUCAAAAUGACCCUAAGAGCGCAGUGACGACUCAUCUAAGAGGUCACAAAAGACCCCACAACAACAACAAAUGGUCUGCAUGGCAGAGUUACAAGACAAAAAUCACUGCUGAACAAAAAUAACAAUCAAUUUUGCCAGAAAUAUAUUGAUAUUAAUGAUAAUAAUAAUACUUUUUUUUGUAAAGCGCUUUUCAGAGUACUCAAAGACGCUUUACAGUGAAGAAAAAUAGAGUUCAGUAAAAAAAAAACUGAGUAAAAGAUGCAUUAAAAUACAACAUCCAUACGCUCAUUCAGAGCUAAAAACAGUCAGGUAUAAAAAGUUAGACUUUAAAAACUGACUUAAAAAGGUGGGUUGUUUUUUGAA